AUGGAGCUGCUGCCUUUUGAUGUUUCUGCCGACAGUCCCAGAGGUCUGUGAGAGUUUCCUCCUUUUUAUUUGGUGUCUUUGGUGAUUUUUUUUAAUCAUGUUUAAAUUAUGCUCUGCACAAAACUGUGCAAUUUCAGGGAAUUUCAUCUCAGAAAUAGAGUUUGAAUUAUAAGUAAAACAACAGUAUGGCAAUGGCACUUUAUGGGAUGUAACAUUUACUGCUACCUUAUCAAAAAAAAUAAAUCUUUUGCAUUUUUUGUAGUAAAUUUAUCACCUUUUUUUUGCAAACGUAUUUAAAACUAGUUUUUAUCUCAGAGUUUGUUUAUAAAUCUAGCCAUCUGUAUUGGUGUACAUAUGUUUUAGAUCACUUUGGAGAACAAUAACAACGACCUGAAAUGAAGUCAAAUCAAGUUUAUUUUUUAUUAUUCAACAGUAAAUAAUUAUUUGUCAAUUCAUUUAUCUCUGAGUUGUUGAUAGAUCUUAUAAGAGAUAAAUAAAGAUAAUAUUAGUGUGUAUAAAUAAAGGUGGAAUGUUAUGAGAAUUAAGUGCUUCUUUAAAUCUUGAUUCUGAUAACAUGAAAACUUUAUUUAAUCACAGGAAAACAUAUGUUUCCGAACUUUAUAACUUAUAUCCUGAUAAAAUUUAUUUCCUUAAACAUAAAAUUCUGAUCUUCAUAAUGUGAGAACUUUGUAUUGGUAUUCUAGAGACCUUUAUUUUCGCAGUUCACUGACUGCACUCCUGCAGCAUUCAGAGUUUUAAUUUGGUGGUGAAACAAUUUAAUUUCAAUGACAUCAUGACUUAAAACGCUGUAACAUAACGAUUUAUUUCCAUCUAUAUCAUGACAUUUUACUUUUUAUUUUCAAAUAACUACCAAAAACUACUGCAAUCUCAUAUCAUAAGUAACAUUGUGACUAACUCUCUUAAUAUAAAACUUAAUAUUCUGGCAAUAAGAAUAAGAAUAUGAAGAACUUUAUUAAUAUAAUAGUUUAUUUCUAUGAUUAUUUUUUUUUUAUUGAUAAUUUUAUUCAUUAUUCUUUAUUAAUACAAUAGUUCAUAUUCCUUCUACAUUUCAACAAAUUUUCUUAAACUGACAGCAUUUCCCUGUUAUAAUGUAAUGUCGUCAUUACUUCACUCUCAUUAUGUUACAGCUCUGUUUCUGUGCUAAAACAACAUUAUUUAAGAACAUAAAGACUUUUAUUUUGAAGGGAUGAAGGCUCCAACGUGAAAUGUAUAUUCUAGUUACACAACAUUUUAAUCUCUUAAACAUAUCGUGUUAUACUCUUUCGAGAAAAUGACUUUAUAAUGACAUUAUGACAUUUUUAUUUAUAAUCUUGUAACAUAACUUUUAUUCCUGCACCAUUGUAACCUACAUUCUUAUGAUAAAACAAUUUAUUUUUUACAUUAAAACUUUAAUAUCAUCAGAUAAUCUCGUCACAUUAUGGCUUUUUUCUUCUAAUGUUUCCCACUUUAAUAAAUGUUUAUUUUAUUUUCACAAUAUAAAAACUGUUUACUGAUCAGUUCUACAUUUAUAAUCAAACACUGAUUCCUUUCUGUGCCCAACACUUCCAGAAGCACACCUGCACUUGUCGACCAAUCACAGAUCCAGCUUUGUGAACAGCACCUGGGAGUCGGAUGGCUCGUCUUUCUUCAUCAUCCAGGGCCUCGCCAACCUCGGGGAGAAGAAGAUGAUCCUCUUCGCCAUCCUGCUGCUGGGUUACAUCAUCAUCCUGGUCGGAAACAGCAUGAUCAUCUUCGUGGUAGAGGAUAAACCCGUGAAUCAGAUCCUGAUGGUUGAAUAUUUGCCGCCUCCAGAUUAAUCUCUUCUUCUUUUUCUUUCCCACGAAGGCGCUGACUGAUCCAAAGCUCGCCUCGCCGAUGUAUUUCUUCCUCUCCAACCUUUCCUUCACGGACAUCAUCUUCACCACCACCUCCAUCCCAAACAUGCUGUCAGGCUUCUUGACGCCCAUGAAGACCAUCUCCGUCCCCGGCUGCUUCUUCCAGAUGUAUUUCUUUAUCCAGUUAGCCGUCACUGGGCGAGCCAUCCUGACCGUCAUGGCGUACGACCGCUACGUGGCUAUCUGCAACCCUCUACGCUACACCACCAUCAUGACCCGGCCGGUGCGGCUGCUCCUGAUCGCAGGGGCCUGGGGUUUCGGCACAGUCUGCACAAUGCCGCCCUGCUCCAUGGCGUGGCUGCAAGCGUACUGCUUCAAUGUGGUGAGACACGGCUGGUGUGACCUGUCUUCUGUAAGGAAGCUGGUGUGCGGCGACCCUUCGGUGGACAACAUCGUGUCCAUUUCCUUCGCCCUGCUGGCUUUGCUAACCACAGGCAUCCUCAUCCUCACCUCCUACAUCCUGAUUGGUGUUUCCAUUUCACGGAUGGGCGCCGGUCAGAGGCUGAAGGCGUUCACGACCUGCGCCGCCCACCUGACCGUGGUGUCCAUCUCCUACAGCUCAGCAUCGUUUGUUUACAUCUCCUACAGAGUGGGGACAUUCUCACCUGAGGUAUGAGACGAUAUCACAUCAAAACCUUACAAAUAUGGGGCUAAAUAUGAUCACGGAAAGCAAAUGUUUAGAUGAAGUCUGUUUUUUGACGUGUUUCAGGUCCGUAUCAUCGUGUCUGUGCUGUACGCCGCCCUGACUCCUUUCCUGAACCCCAUCAUCUACAGCCUAAGGAACAAGGAGUUGAGAGAGUCGAUCAAAAGGACUGUGAGCGUGAUCAGAUCUGCUGCUGUGUUACCCAGUAAAGACGUCUCCUCAGUGUGCUGA